CAUCCGGGUCUGCGGGCGGAGCGGCACCGGAAGGUGAGGUCCGGGCGCUGCCCCGCUCUGCAGGGUCGCCCGGGCUGGGGGGCGUCUCCGCCUCCCGUCGGCCCCCGCGGCCCCCGCCUGCGAUGCCCGAGCCGCCCGCCUGCGCCGAGCCGGGGCCGCUGCACGGAGCAUGGAGGAUGAUGAACUUCCGGCAGCGCAUGGGCUGGGUCGGAGUGGGGCUGUACCUGCUGGCCAGCGCCGCCGCCCUGUACUACGCCUUCGAGCUGAGCGACACCUACGGCCGCCUGGCGCUGGAGCACGCGCGGCGGCCGGCCGAGCCUCGCGGGGCCUCGUGGACUCACUCGCUCAAGGGCCGGCUGCUCUCGCUGCCCUUCUGGCUGUGGACGCUGCUCUUCCUCGUCCCCUACCUGCAGAUGUUCUUGUUUCUGUACUCGUGCACGCGAGCCGACCCCAAGACCGUGGGCUACUGCCUGGUCCCCGUGUGUCUGGCCGCGCUCUGCCACCGCCACCAGGCCUUCGCCAAGGCCUCGACCCAGAUGAGCAGACUGCAGCUCAUCGACACGUGAGGCUGGGCGGGGACGUGCGGGGCUGAGUCUGUAGGGAAGGCCGCGCUACAGAAUCAUGUUCGACUCCAGAUCUUGGAAGUGAAAUCGUGCUACUUGCGUUUUCUUGAAAGACCCAAGUACCGGACUCAUUUUUAGUCUGCCGUGCAGCAGACUCCAGCUUUUCCUUUGAGGAAAACACGAGGACGGACAUGGACAUCUCCAGUGUGUCUGACGUAAGCGGGUCCAAACGUGGUCAUAAAGUUUAGAUUUUACACUA